AUGUCCGCACCCAUCGAGUUCGGGUCUGACAGGGCUACGGCUCCCAUCAACCUUCUGAGAGGCUGGCCCAAUCCGUCUCUUCUGCCAGUGGAUUUGCUCAAAGAGGCUGCCGACGCUGUCCUCUCAGACACAUCCAUCGCUCAUCCGGGACUCCUCUACGGGCCUGAUGAAGGCUACGCUCCGUUUCGAGAAGCCGUAGCGGCAUGGCUGAACGCCUUCUAUAAGCCCGAGCGACCCAUUGAAUCUUCCCGAAUUUGCAUCAACGGCGGCGCUUCGCAGUCCCUGGGCUCACUGCUUAACGUCUACACCGAUCCAGAAUACACCCGCAACGUCUGGUUCGUUGCUCCCGCAUAUAUGCUAGCCUUCAGGGUGUUUGAAGACGCAGGCUUUGCUGGAAAGAUGAGAGCAGUGCCAGAAGACGAGGAAGGAAUCGACAUCGCAUACCUCGCAAGAGAGUUGGCAAAGAGCGAGGAAAAGGCCAAGAGUCGAGGCAAUACCCAACCGCUGUACAAGCCGGACAGGCAGCGCGCGAAGGUCUAUAAGCACGUCGUGUACUGUGUUCCCACAUUUAGCAAUCCGUCAUCGCGCACAAUGAGUCUGCAGAGAAGACGUGAGCUCGUACGACUGGCGCGAGACUUCGACGCUCUGGUCACAUGCGACGAUGUAUACGACUUCUUACAGUGGCCUACGGCUACUGACCAGGUAGGCGGAUCUGGAAUAAAGAUCAGACCCAUGAAGACGGCUCAUCUGCCUCGUCUAGUAGACGUUGACCGGAGUCUCGACGGAGGUGCGGGGAGACAAGGCGCCGAUGGUUUCGGCAAUGUAUGCUCGAACGGGACGUUUUCCAAGCUCGCUGGCCCCGGCCUCCGUUGUGGAUGGGUUGAGGGAACUGAGAAGUUCUCGUAUGGCGCAUCACAAGCGUAAGUGACCGCUCUUCUCUUUCUUCGAAUCCCAAACACAUGGGCUCUGGAACCUCGGUACCCUGCAGAUGCCCUACAUCCAGGUGAUCGAUUCCUGUGCUCCUGUCCAACGCUUCAAAUUUGUCUGUGUUUCGUACGACUAUUCCUUACACAUAGCGCUGAUGCAAUGUGACAGCGGGACCCAGCGCAGCGGUGGAGCACCAUGCCAGCUAACAUCGACCUACAUCACCAAAGUAGUAGCGUCGGGGGAGCUUCAAAGGCAUAUUGAGACCGUCUUGCAACCAGCCUACGCGUCCAGGUACAAGACCAUGGCGAAAGCGAUCGAAGAUCAUCUCCUCCCACUGGGCUUCAGCAUGCCUCAACCCAACAGAGACGUCAUCGGGGGCUACUUCAUCUGGCUUGGUUUACCUGCGGAUUUGAAAGGCCAUGAGCUCGUGCAGAAGUGUCAGGAUGGAGAGAAUCUGAUCGUUUCUCCUGGAAGUGCUUUUGAAGUGCCUGGAGAUGAGAGUAUAUCUUUUGCAAGCAAUGUUAGAUUGUGCUUUGCGUGGGAAGACGAGUGGAAACUGAGGGAGGGUGUGAAGAGGAUUGGGAAGGUUGCGAAGAGGUUACUGGAACGAGGUGACGAUGGUAGUGAGGACUAUGUCGUUGUUGAGAACGGCGAUGAAGACAGGCUGCAAGCGUCCAAAUGA